AUGGAGGAUAGAUUGUCUCUGCAUGGUAACAUUGAAAACACUGCUAUGGACUCGACCCAGGUGACCAUUGCUGGACCAGAAAAUCAUGCACCUGCAGCUGGAAACACGUCUAUGUUGGGUCCACUAUUCAACUUUGGAAGUACACAGGAGCCACUGAAAACCCUGGAGGCCGCCCCUGAUCUCAGUAUAUUGGACAAGAUCAAAAGCAGAUUGUUGGGGAACACGAAUAAAGAGGAAGAGUUGGCAGAAACUCAAGUAAUCACACGAGAUAAUGCUACCGAAACCGCCAAUGAGCCUGUUGAAAAGCCUCCUUCAGCUUCAGCUUUCCAGCUCUUGCCCCAAUUGGAAGUGGAUGAGAGCGAGUUUGCAAAAUGUAAUGGAAUCGAGACAACACAGCAGCAUUCAAUCUUGGAGCAAACUCAAAUGAUACCUAAACGCAAGCUUGCAAAUUUGUUCAUGUCUGACGAAGAGCACGAAAGCGGAAGCGAAGGAACAAAACAAGGGGAGGAGGAAAGAACGGAAGAAAGUCUAGGUCUACUUCCUCUAACUAAAGAAGAAAGGGCUGCAAGAAUCAGCGAGCUCGCGGAGCAGAAGAAGCUUGCACGUAUAGCCAGGGAAAAAGAAGAGCGCCUCGCCAAACAGACCCGGGAUGAGUUGGAGCAAGACAUUACUCGAAGUUCGCUCACGGACGAAGAAAAUGAACUAAACGAGGAAGCUAAUGACACUGUUGUUUCAUCUCACUUGAAAAGCGACGGCUUAUCUGUGAGGGAGUUGCAAAAAGCACAAGAGUUUAUCAACAUCCAAAAGCGCAAGAUUGACAUCCGGCCUGCAUUUGAGAGUACCCAGAUUUUCACCAAGGACCGCUUCCUCAGAGCGUUUUCAGAUAAAGAAGAAGAAGAAGAAGAAGAAGAAGAAGAAGGAAAGGAUGAUGAUGAUAAUGAUAAUGAUAAUGAUAGCGGAGAAGCGGAAAUCAACUCGAGACCAGAUCACGGCCCUUCUUCUCCCACAAUCAAUGACAUUUUAAAUUCCAGUCCUACCACAUCACCCGUCAAGUGUGAUGCCGAGGAUCUCUUUGGCGUGCUCCAGCUUCCAUCAAAGACCAGGAAGCCUACGAACCCACUUGAGGCAUAUGCACAAAGACUCAAGCAAGCAAUGAGCGAGUUACCUGCUCAAGGCUCCCCCACCACGCAACGUCAGAAAGACGUAAUCUCGUUGGAUUCGGAUUCUGAUGCAGAGUUAAGGGACUCGUCGUCUCCAAUCAAAAGCCACUUGAACUCUCAUCCUUUUAGAUCUCAAGCUACUGCCAGUCGUGCUAACGAACUAGAUGUGAUUCCGGAGUUAUCAAAGGAAAAAAAGUUGAUGAUAAGGCAAAAGUACUCAAAGAAGCGAUUGCAAAAUACCCACCAACCACGGAGUCUCAAAGACCAAACAUCCAAGAUUGGAAAUGACUUUUUGAAACAAUUGCACAAGCGGAAUAUUGACCAAUUGAGAGUCCAUAAGCUCAAUGAUCCCGAACACGCUUUAAGAGAGGAGCUAGAGAAGGAAGAAGAGUCAAUGUCUUCAUUAUUGGAGAGGGAAAUGGAGAGAGCACGAAAGAUUAGAAGAAAAGAGAAGUUGCAAGAACGAGCAAUGUUGGCGCUUAUGGGCAAGAAUGCAGGUGAAGCAGCGGGACACGAAAAUGAGGACGCAGAUUACAAUGACUUUGAUGUUGGCCAACAGGACAGCGACGUAGGUGAUAGCGACGUCCCUGAUAGUGAGUAUGAUUCCGAUGAGGUUGACGGAAAUGACUCAGAUGAAAACAACGCAUCGGCCGAGGAAGGCGAUCUUGCUGGGUCACAAAUUAGCUAUGACCAGAAUAAGGACAAUGAUGGCCCACAUACAGAAGGUAUGGAACCGCACGUGCCCAUCAGAGCAGAAACGCAAAGAGAGGAGGUGGAGAAAGAGGAGCAGAAACUUUUCAAGAACUUGGAACCUAGAGAGCAGGAGGACUCAUUCAUCUUCACUCAAGAUGAGAUUGACUUGAAUAUAAACACUGGAGUACCCCAGUUCAACGACCUAACACAGACGCAGGAAACACAGGCUACUAAAAUUCACGUACCAACUCAAGCGGAUGGGAUGCAGACGGGUGUUGCUGGUGAAACCCAAGUGAUUAGGAGGGACACGAAAAGUUCUGGCACUUUCAUGUCAUCUGCCGGUGCCGAGGACGAGGAUGAAGAUGACGUUAUAACUCCAGCCCAGGUUGCUAGAGGCAGAAGAGCAAUUCGAGCUCAAAUGAAUCAAAUUAAAGAAGGCACUGAGGAUAAGGAGGAGGAAGAAGAAGAAGAGGAAGAAGAAGAGGAAGAAGUAGACCCGACGGAAAUGGAGCAGAGGGUCAAAGAUUACGAGUACAUGAUCAAGCGGAAAGAACUACAAUUGCGAAAGAGGAGAAAAGAGUUGGAAAGGAGAGGAUUAAAGGCCAUGGUCGAAGGUGAGGCCGAAGAAUCUGAAGAUGAAUGGAAAGGUAUUGGAGGUGCCGAUGAAGAAUUCAGUGACGUUGCCAACUCUGAAGAUGAGAAAAUGAUUGACAAUGAUUUCAAUAUCGAUUUAAAGGAUGAGGAAAUAAGAAAGAAAUUUAUGGAGGAGUACCACAUCAGGGAUCAAAAAGAGUUGGAGAAAGUGCUCGAUGAUAUAAAGAACCACAAAUUGAUCAAACGAGUUGGAGUUAGUGGAUUGGAUAUUGAGUUGAGCGAUGAAGAAGACCAGUUGUUGGCUGCUUAUAGAAGACAGAAAUUGCAGGAGCAGCAGCAGCGGUUGCUACAGAAUAAAAAGCUCCAGGCGUUGAGUAAAAACGAAAAAUCAAGGGCAUUUUUUGCCACGAUCGAGGAUAGGAACGAAAUCAUCAGAAUCGAUAGUGAGGACGAAAAUGAAGACCUGGAAGCGGUGUCGAAUCCGUUGGGAAACGGCAGGUUGCAGGAUGAAAACAUGAAAAGUGGCGAUAGUCACACUAAAGAAAGCAAUAAAAAAUAUGAUAACGAUGACGAUGAAGAAGAGGAUUCGAUUGAGAAAGAAGCAGCGGUUAGAAAGACAAUCAGAAUCGAGGAGUCCUUUGUCCAGAAACAGUUGUCGUUCCUCAAUGAUAGCGUCUACGAUGACGACGAAACAAAGUAUCGGCGAAUACAACGAAUGUCUAAUUUCCAACACGGCUACCCGGAUGAUGAAGAAGACGUUAUCGACAUUAGAACGUUGAAAUCGCGAAGCUCACUAAACUUGGAGAGAAAGCGUCCCACAAUGAUUGAGCAAAGCUCGCGCCGGAAACGAAGCUUGGACCAAGCAGACACAGAUGUCGAUGAAAACGAGGAAACGCAGCAAGACGAUAGAGAUGCAAGGGAGGAGGAGGAUGACGAGUUCAUGCCCAAGUUCAAGAAGCCCUCACUUGUCAAGUCGUUUAAAUCGUUCCAGGAGCAGCAGGGAGUCUUGAUCAAAGAUGGCAAGCAGCACUUUUCGGGAGUCACUAUACGCAAGCAGUACAAAGCUGUCUCGGGAUCCAAGGCUUCAAUCACAUUCAUGUCGAAGAAUCAGAAGUCAAAUGAAAAGUUAAAGAGCAGUAAGCAAAAACAGAUUGAGAAAGACUUGAACAAUUUCAAAAGAAGCUCGACCUCAUCUUCGUUGUUUUCCAAUUCUGGGUUUUAA